AAUAUUUUGAAAUUUUUUACGCAAUUUUUUUAUAUUUCUUGCAGGUUAUGAGCGAAUAUGAAAGCUCUAAUUCAUGACCGUAUAGUCUACUCGCCAUACCCAAAUGUGGAAAUUCCUGAGUGCUCUUUUUAUACUGUGGCCAAAGAAAAACUGCUGCUGAACCCUGACAAACCAUUACUGACAAGUGAAGGCGACUGCGAAACGAAGAGCCAUUUCAGCAACUCAUCACAGGUCAGCGACGUCAUCAACCUUACGCGAAGGGAAACGCUGGCCCAGAUGGAACGCUGCGCUGUGGGUUUCCGCAAAAGUGGUGUAUCUUUAGGAGACCGCAUCUGCAUCCACCUAGAGAACGGAGUGGAAAACCUGAUAGCUAUUUAUGGCUGCAUCUUGGCUGGGGCAACCGCUGUCUUAGCGAAUCCCACGCUCACUAAAAGUUCUAUUCUCUAUGGGGCCUGCCGAUCAGUCAGAGAAUUCUUUAAUUUGGACAAAGAAGACUUCGUGGAGGUAGCCGUGGAGAAUCCUCGGAGCACGGUGCUUGCCGUUCUAUUCUCUAUGGGGCCUGCCGAAGGGUUUAUAUCAGUCAGAGAAUUCUUUAAUUGGGACAAAGAAGACUUCGUGGAGGUAGCCGUGGAGAAUCCUCGGAACACGGUGCUUGCCGUGUGUUACACUACUGGAAGCACGGGUUUGCCGAAGGGGGCAGAAAUCACGCACUACAACUAUGUGGCUGCCGUCUACUAUACAACGCGACAUCUACCGUGGUCCAGUUCAGAUACAUUACUGGGAUCAGCUCCCAUUACUCACCAAUCGGGUAUGAUGUAUACAAUGUUGGCUGCUCUAGGCGGGACUACAAUUGUCAUGGCGCCGAGCACGAUGACACCUUUAGAGGUUAUGGACACCAUUGAUAAAUACAAGGUGACAGCUGCAUUGUUCUUCUCCUCACAGCUUCAAAUUAUAGUGCGCGAGAUGCGCCUCGCCGGACGAAUCUUACCAACACUACGCAGAAUCGGCACAGGAGGCAGUGUACUUCCAACAUCUGUCACGAAAGCAGCCUACGAAGUAUUCUGUAAUCUUGAGCAACUUUUGAAUCCAUACGUCAUGACCGAGUCAUGUGGUUACGUCACGGCUCAACCAAAAUCUGCUGGAUGUCGAGACAGCACUGAUGUUGGAAUACCUGUGACCGGAGUCACAGUCAAGCUCGUAGACGUGAGCACGCGUGAAAAGCUCGGACCGCACCAGAUCGGGGAAAUUUGCUUUCGAACACCAUCCACGAUGGUGAGAGGAUACUUCAAAAGGCCACGUGAAUCUGCUGAGCUCUUCGACGAAGAAGGCUGGUGCAAGUCGGGUGAGGCAGCAUAUUAA